UCCGAGGAUCUCAGCUGUACGAAGAGUUACAAUAUUGCGCGCAGUUUUAUAUGUUCGUAGUGUAAUUUGUUUAAAUAUCCAGGAGUUGAAACAUAGUAGGUUUCAGUGGCGAACUGAAAGGCAUUAUUCACCGCAUGUUGUGUGCAUUCGGGUCUUUCGAUUUUAAUUUCUCCGUCAAACCUGACAGUUUGAAGACAACGCUGAGACAGAGAGCAGAAGCAGAAAUUCAGCUUCAAGAACAACGCUGGAUGAUAAACCAAAUUCAUGCUGAUGAAUAGUUUCUGCAUUUCUUCUCCGACAGUGGAAACCGUGUUAGGAAGGGACAUGCGACUGUUAAUUCACAAAACUCUUACAGUUUGAGUAGUAACAGUAUUUACGAACUCUUUUGUUCUGGGCAAAGAAUUUGUCGGAGCCGGAAAGGGAACAAAAAUAUUUCAAAAUAGAUAGAAGUCGCUUUGUUUGUUAAUUUUUGUCUGGAUAACGAAAUUCUUCUGCAUUCCGCAAUAGCCUGAUCGCGGCGUGCGAAGAUCUGCGCUUCUACGAGGGAUGCGCUCGCCGUCAAACGGGACGGUAGACUGAAACGCAAAAUAUAAAACGUGAAACUGUAGCAUUUUAAUCCAUCGUAUUCUUUGGCAUAAUUUUCCUCAGAACUUUGACCAUACGAAGGACUUCGUUGGUAUUGGCACUACAAACAUUCUCGUUCAUUUAGUAUAACAGGAUCUGUUUUUACGGCCAUUUAUAGGCAGUGUACAUAUUCACACGUGGAAAUAUUAAAUAAAGACCCGGCCAAAAGGCCCCAGAUGUGAACUGACUGGCAUUUUGCCUACUCAAGCCACCUCAAGAUACAUCCAAACACUGUAGUUGGACUGAGUCUAAGACUUCUAGAAAUGCCGCAGGUGGGGAUGUUUCUUUGUGUUUUCGUUAUCUUCUGGAUGGCUGUGUUCGGCCAGGAGCCUGCUUCUAAGGUUGUGGCAGAUCGCUAUGCAGUCUACUGGAACCGUACAAACCCAAGAUUCUACCGGGGAGAUUAUCACAUUGAUGUGUGCAUAAAUGACUACCUGGACGUCUACUGUCCCCACUACAUGGACUCUGUGCCAGAGGAGAGGACGGAGCGCUACAUGCUCUACAUGGUCAACUACGAUGGCUACAGCUCCUGCGACCACACCGCCACGGGCUUCAAGCGCUGGGAGUGCAACCGGCCCCACUCGCCCAGCGGGCCGCUCAAGUUCUCAGAGAAGUUCCAGCUCUUCACACCAUUCUCUCUGGGCUUCGAGUUCCGGCCGGGCAGGGAAUACUACUACAUAUCCUCUACAGUUGCUGAAAAUGGGAGAAGAACAUGCCUGAGGUUGAAAGUUUUUGUGAGACCAGCAAACAACUGUGUGAAAACUGUCAGCGUUCAUGACCGCCUCUUCGAUGUCAAUGAAAGAAUGGAUAACUCUAUAGAGCCCAGAGAUGACACGAGCCAUGAAUCGGCAGAACCGUCCCGAGGCGAUGUCAGCUCAGCGGUGCAUGCGCCCAUAGCUGGUGCCAUGCUGGCCUCCACCCUGCUCCUCCUCCUCUCUCUCUUACAGUUAUAGCGUCCUGUGUGAAUGCACUCACACAUCCCAACCUUAACACACAGGAGGACUCAGAAAAGAGCACUUUUUAGUAGACAUUGGAGCUGCUCAUUAUCUCAACUGAGAUUCAGAACAUCGUCUAACAAGAAGGUGCCACACGUCUUCUGACUCUGCCUGUGAGAGAGUGUGUCUCACUGCCCAGUGGUAUUGCUGGGUCGAUUCUGGUGGAUUUCAAUUAUUAUGUGCAACACCCUUCCCCCAAACCCCACCCCCAUGUUUAUUUGACACACAAAAGAAACAGAAACAGACAUGCACACAUAAAACAAACAGACACACAAAAACAGACAUUGAACCAAACACACUAACAUAUAUUCGCAAACAGCCUCUCUCCCUUAUAGCCCUACACAUCACCUCUAAGGGCUUAUCUUGAAAUGUAGGCUUGAAAAAGGAAAUGACUUUUUGGAGAGACUGAUUUCUAUGCCACAAACUGGCUGCGUUUGACAAUGUGAAGAAGUCUUACGACAGAGCGAUACAGGACUCCUGUCUAUGAGUUUAUGAGACCAUGUCAUGUCGAGAAGGACUAUCCACUGGAAACAUGGGCACUAUUGGGGACUACAGACACAAGUGUUUACAGGACUGAAGGGGAACCAGUAGUCUAAGAGUGUAUCUUCUAUCAAAAAAGAAGAAGUGAGUUAUUUUAAUGGGGCAAGUAACUGAGGACUCCUUUUCAGAGGAAUAGUAGUUUUUGAAGAGUUUUCUUAGCUAAAGAAAUAAGCACUCAUUUUGUACAGUGUGUACAGUUAUGGGAAUAAGAAGUGGAUAAUGUAUUCUUGAAGUGAAUUGCUCAGUUCAAGUGUAGUUAUUACAUUGCUAUUUUGUCAUAGAGUUUGGAGCCUCACCAAUAUCAAUUGUUUAAGUGAAUAUACUAAUUUGUUUGGCUAAGCAUAUUUCCCUCCCUAUUUAUUGCCAAGUCUUUAAGCUCUCCACACACUGCCACUGUAGCUGGUAGCCAGGAUUCAGGAGGAGCAUCACAAAUGCUGAGUCUCAGCACUAGUGUAACCACGAUCUGAGUGUCUGAUCCAGCCUGCUCUUAUUGUUAGCUAAUGUUUUCAGUUACUUUAAUUGAUCCUUAAACUGAUAUCAGGGAAGAGCAGUCUGAGAAUGUGGCCAUGUUUUCAGUCAACAUCUAAUUUGUAUCAUUUCAAAGCAAAUUAUUAUUUGCUUUAGUUAUUUUUAAAGCAAAGUAUGUGAAUCUGUUUAGUUGUUAACUGGGGUCCAUGUUUAAAAUGAGUAGUGCAUUAAUUGAUUUAUUAACAUUAUACUGGCAGUUCUGUCUGUCCUCUCUUCCCAAAGCCUUUAAAAUGAACAUAAACUUAAUUUGUGCUAAUGACAUCACACAUAUUGCCAACUGAACAAUAAAUUUACAAACACUGCAUAUCAAAGCAAAGUUUUCAGGGAAAUUUUUAAUGCACCAAGCGUUUUAGAAGUUCAUGCAUUUCAGUUCUUUUUUUUGGGCACUGAGCAGGCCAUCAUCAUCUAAGGAGUGUCAUCUGAACAUGGGUGAAACAACGCUGACACAACGAUGCUCCCAUUCCUGAUGGCAGCUGAUGGCCCGGGGUGAUUUAAUAGGCUCUUUGAUGUUGUGCAGGGUGUCAGCUAUGUGGGCCACAUACUGUGGCCCCAUGCGGGUCAUUUCUGGAAUUAAAAAUCGACUGCCGUGUGAGAGCUGGUCGGUGUCCGGUUUAGCUGCAGGCUAACGUUACUCUCAUGUACUACGGAGAGACAGGGGAAAGACGAGCGCUCCUGCUGUGAUCAAUAGUCAUGGGCUUCACACACAAAAAAAACAGUAAAUAUUUGCCCUGGUCUCUGUGCUUGCUAGUACGGUUUUCCUGCACCAGUAGUCACAGGUGAUCAGACAGAGGACUUUUAAGGACUGCAGGCCUCUUGUCUUUCCUCUCUGGAUGGAUGGACUACAAAGCACAGUAGCUGAUUGUGGUAGAUUGGUUUGAGAUUAAUGUGGUGUGCUGCUAUAACAUAAAACUACUUUCAUUGUUUAAAAAAAAAAAGAAGUUAACACAGGAGCAUAUGAAUCCUAAUUUUAUGGAUACUGUGUAUCCGUAGGUUAUCUAUGGUAUAUACAGUGUUAGAACAGUUACAUUUUGUACCUGUGCUUAGUAAAAAUAAGAGCACUGAGACAUUUAACAAGGAUGACAUUUAAUAUCAGUGUUCAUUGUUCAUUUCUUUUGUAUUUGACACUAAUGUCCCUGUUAUGCUGAUUUCACUUGUGCAUGGUACAUUCAUUCUGAAUAGGAUGUUCUGACAUUUAACCAUCUGCCUUAUCUAACUCAAGCACCCGAACCAGGUGCUGCUGUUGCGCUGACAGUGUGCUGUCCCUUGGCCAGAAUCACAAAAAUAACCAACUUAAAGGUCUGGAAGAGCCAUUGCUACCCUUAAUGCAUAGAAAUAUAUGUGUAUUUCUACCCAUCUUAAAGUUUUUGCCAAACAUCCUAAAUAUCUUUGCAACUGUAAAAAAAAUCCUGGUGUACAUUUGUCACAAAAAGGAACCCUUGCCUUUUCUUGUAAUAUGACAUAAAUCAGGAAAUACUACUUUUGUAGCACAUUUUUUUCAGUGUUGACUGUUGGCCUAGAAGCAUUGCUGUUUCAUCUCUCUUUACUGUGUUUCAAGGUAGCACUCAAACUCCCUUUUGUCAUACCCUGUUGGAAAUACUUGGUGAAAUGGAAGGUAAUGACCAUGGUGUGCUAGUCUUGUCUUUUAGCCUGAGUCCAGCUUGAGUCAGUGUGUCCCACUGUUUUGUUUUGUUUUUUUAAUGGGGAGGGAGGUUUGUAGAGUUAGGGGCAGGAUUCCUUUUGCAGCCCUUUCCUCCUCUGACCGUCUCCUCUGCGCUGUGGACCACCGUGGACGACAUGGACCAUCAUUGGCCUGAACGAGUAAGCGUCGCUGCCUGGUCAUGUGCCCUUGUGUUGGUCAUGUAAGCAGCUCUCCUGCUGCCCUGAUACAUUAUGUUCAAAACACAUGUUCAUGGCAUUGUUUGUAAAUACACUUGUCAAAAGCAGCUAAAACUAAUUACAAGGAAAAAAAGAUAAAAUAAAUCUUUGUCAUUGUUGUAA